AUGUUACUGGAGAGGACAGACCUCCUUCUGAGUUUCAGAACCUGGGAGGGUCGGACUCCACUCAUGGCUGCGGCGGGGAACGGUCACCUCUCCGUAGUGCAGGCCUUGCUAGAGACGAGGCGGGUAAAUCCUGACCAGAGGGACUUCGGUGGUAUGACGGCGCUUGACUAUGCGUGUUUCGCGGGAUCUCCUUCCAUAGUGAAUUGUCUGCUUGGGACAGGAGGUGCCAAUCCUGCGCCAAGAGAUGGGCAUAUGACGACGCCUCUUUUGACAGCUGCUCGAUAUGGUAACCCUAACAUCGUGAAGCGACUGCUCGAGGACUCCCGUAUCAGUGCUGAUGCUGUGGACUCGAACGGGCAAACUCCUGUGAUGAGGGCCGCGAUUGAGGGCCAUGAGGCGUGCAUUGAAGUGCUAUUGCAGGUACCGUCGAUCGACAUCUACAAGCAAGACCGCAAGGGCCAAAGUGCACUCUCAUUAGCAGCGGAGCAUGGCCGAUCUGGGAUCGUGAAGCUGUUGCUGAAUCAU